AUGCUCAUCAGCCUCGAGUGGAGACCUGCACGACAAUGGAACAUCCGCAGAAUGGAGGAAGCGGGAGGCUUGCUGGGGCGCAGACGACACGAGAAUGAUGGAGAGCACGAUGUUGUUGGUGAUUGUGUCCCGAUCAUCGGAUACACCAUCCAAGAAGUCGGCAGUCGUUUCAUCAAGAGGUUUAACGCACACCAGAAAGAGCUUCGCGCUCGCUUCGAGGAAAGCGAGUUCUCAGGAUCGCCUCUUUCAUCCAUCAUGGCAUCCCUCAACAUCUCCAUCGAUGAGAUGCUGAGAAAGGUGACUGAGGGUGCUGAACCUCGAGACUUCAUAAGGGCCAUCAUCAAGUCAGAUGGAAUGGAUCAUGCCAUAUCUACCAAAGUCACCAGAGUUGAGGACAUGAGUCCUGAAUUGAUCCUGACUACGGUUACAGAACAUCUCCAGUCCAACAAAGAACUUGAGUUGAAUGGGUCUUUCACUCUGGAUUUCCUGCUUGUAUCUUACUGUCAGGGUGGCACGGGUUUGCGGAUAAUCAAUCCAGAAAUAGACAAAAAAGUCAAGAGAUCGAUUGUCCAAAUACAAAAUGAAGAUGAUCUUUGCAUGGCAAGGGCGAUCGUUGUGGCCCUCGCAAAAGUCAAUGUUGACCCUAAGUGGAAGUCCAUCUGUGACUCACGACGCCCCAUGCAGGAAGAGCAUGCUCGAAAACUUCAUGAAGAGGCAGGCGUACCAUUAGGGAAAUGCGGAGUCGAGGAGGCUCGACAGUUUGCAGAUCAUCUAGGAAUCCAAAUAAAUAUUUGGCAUCGGACAAAGAAAAAUGAGGGUUACGCCUUCAACUUUAAGGAAGAGAGGAAAAAGUAUUGCCGCUCCGAUGUCGACAUCUUGAGGAGGGCAUGUCUCAAGUUCCGCGAACUUCUGCUUCAGGAAGCAGAUUGCGACCCGUUCCAGUACAUCACCAUCGCAUCGAUCUCCCAUGCCAUCUUCAGGCGCCAGCAUCGAAUGGCUCGACUUCAUGGCCCACAACCAGCGGAUCAGUAUCAGGCACGCAAUGAACCAUCCAAAAGGUGA